GAAACAGACGGGCUGGGCAAGCCGACUACAGGGAGCGUUCGUGGGAUAUAUGCUGCUUACCCUUCCGCAACACCUAUUAUUUCUCACCCGCAACGAUUCGGUCUUAAAGAUACGUCAAAGUGAGACUCUAUGACAGCGCUGCUCGGUCUCUAUGGUUUGUAGAGCCACAGAUACAACUUUACCCUCCUGGAUACACAAGAACGUACGAGAUAGAAACAUUUGGUAGAAAUUGAUUCGUCUGUCGGUGGAUAUUCGGUUGUUGAGGAUGAUUUUUGCAAAUUCUGGCCACACAGUGAGGACGUCGCAUAUUCGUAAACAGCCUCCUGUUGGCCCCGCCUCCCACCCGAUGGCUCCGCCCAGUCCUGGAACCAACAGCAGCACCAAUCACAGCAGCAGCAGCAGCAGCACAGCCGGCUGGGAGCAGCUCAGUAAAACAAACCUCUACAUUCGUGGUUUGCCACCAACCACCACCGACCAUGACCUGGUCAAGCUCUGCCAGCCAUAUGGAAAAAUCGUAUCAACCAAGGCCAUCUUAGACAAAACCACAAACAAAUGCAAAGGCUAUGGCUUUGUGGACUUUGACAGCCCUGCUGCUGCUCAGAAAGCCGUCAGCGCUCUGAAGACCAGCGGAGUUCAGGCUCAGAUGGCAAAGCAACAAGAGCAGGACCCCACCAACCUGUACAUAUCUAACCUGCCGCUGACCAUGGAUGAACAGGAGUUAGAGGCCAUGCUGAAGCCAUUCGGACAGGUCGUCUCCACUCGCAUCCUGCGGGACACCAACGGGGCCAGCCGAGGGGUCGGAUUUGCAAGGAUGGAGUCGACGGAGAAAUGUGAAGCUGUCAUCUCUCACUUCAAUGGGAAAUUUCUCAAAACACCAGCUGGAGUUAUGGCCCCGUCAGAACCCUUGCUGUGCAAGUUUGCAGACGGAGGCCAGAAGAAGCGUCAGAGUCAAAAUAAAUAUGUGCAGAACGGACGAGCCUGGGCCAGAGACGGAGAGACCAGACUUACUGGCAUGACACUCACAUACGACCCCACCACAGCUGCUAUGCAAAAUGGAUUCUAUCCGACCGCCUACAGUAUUACAAACAGAAUGAUUACACAGACCCCCAUUUCUCCAUACAUCUCCCCUGUGUCCACAUACCAGGUACAGAAUCCGUCCUGGGUCACCCAUCAGCCCUACAUCUUGCAGCAUCCGGGAGCAGUGAUAUCGCCCUCUAUAGAUCACUCCAUGUCUCUGCAGCAGGCGUCCAUGAUGGGUCCUCUCGCUCAGCAGAUGAGUCACCUCUCUCUGGGCAGCGCAGGAACGUUUAUGCCAGCCAGUCCAGCUCUCCAGGGGCCGUAUAUCUCUCCAUACACUCACAUGCAGACCACCGCCGUCUCUGUAGAGGAGAACAGUCCACAACCUCAGGUGGAUUCGUCCAAUGAUCAUUCACCUUAUACCUAUCAGCAGGCCAAGUGAUGAGGAGGGUUGUCGGGGUUCGAGAGAGAAGGAGACGACUGCUAAAUCAAUAACAGCUUCCUUUGAAGGACCGGCUCUACCGAUGAAUCGACAUUUUGCACAGGUUCUACGAUGAGUUCCUCGGUUUUAUAAUAAAACUACUUCAACUAUUUUGGUAUAAGUUCCAUUAGGUGCAAAUCCAGGAUUCAUUUCAUCAGAGGAUGCUAACGAAGAAAAAACAAAUGAAAUGGGAAGAAAAAGUUUUAUUUUACUAAGGAAACAACACUUAUUUUUUACCAAGGAUCGUCACAUAGAUGCAGGAACUUCAUCAUGCGACUCGACGUGCAUGGAGAUUCUUCUUAUUUUUAUGAUUUCAGAUUUGUUUUCUCUCUCUCUCUCUCUCUCUCUUUUCUUUUGUACUGAAACAGAUGUUCGUUUUUAGAGAUUUAUCAGCCGGACAUCCUGAGAAAGAUUGCGUUUGUGCUUGCGGUGUGAGUGUCGUUGAUGUGUUUUUGUUGUGUGCUUCAUCUUCGGUCUGACCGAUCUGUCCGUCUUAUACGAUUUGCCUUAAACUCUUUUCCGUACAGUAGCCGAAGAAAAGACGUCUGGCUGCUGCCUUGUAAAUCAGCUAAAUAGGGCUUUUUUAGCAUCUCGCAAAGGAACAUUUCCGCCGCGCUUGGAUUUCGGUGUUUUGCUUUUUCCGAUCUUUUAGAGUACAAACCGUUUCGAGUGAUAACGUUGAUGGAGUUUUAAUAGGAUUUAAUGUUUUUAUAAUCAGAGGCGACGACGAGCCUUUGGUUGUUUGAAUGUGGUAGAAAUUCUGCUGAACGAUCACAUUUUUGAUAAUUGCCUUUUUCGUUUAUAAAUCUCGGUGUUGUAGUUUAGCUUUAGAUGAACUCGUGUGGGAGGGGGAGGAGCUUUGACUCGUAUUCUAAUGAGGGGGCGGGAGGGAGGCGUGGCCUGUCAGUCAGAUCGAAUAUUGUUCAGAGUGCAACCUCCCGUGACAACUUUCAGCAGCGGGCUUCUUCGGGAGAGGUGAACGUGUAGAUUUUAGUGCUCGUUUUACUAUAGCAGGCAAACAAAUCUCGGCACUUUCAAGUUUACUUCACCAAAGACAGUCGGCGAGCAGAUCGCGCGGACGUGAUGUCGUUUUCUCUCGAGGCGGGCCACGCUGAGACUUUAUAACAGACUGGGUUGCAGUUGUGGAGAAUGUGCCUUCUUUGUACAUAUGCAUUCAGCUGUCUUUAGUUGGCGAGGUGCGGACACCGAUUUGAAGGACGAUUUGGAUCCAGCAAGUGCCACAAACUAAACGAAGAAAUCACUACAGAGCGGAGACAACUGAAACUAAAACGCGGAACGAGGACAGGUUGAAACGACGGCUCCGUUCCGAAACCCUAGUGAGCUGCCUACAUAGGCUGCUGCCUUCUAAGGGAGCAUCACGACUCAUUAAUUCUACAUGCAUCAUACAAAUAGACUUUUGCAUUGGCACGUUUACCGUAAAAUGAUAGCACAAAGCACAGAAAAAUAUUCGUUUUAAAUUAGAAUGAACUAUUUUAGCUUUUCUGUGUUGAAUAAAUGAUAAGAAUUUUUGGAUGGAUUUUUCACUCGAAAUGCGUUAUGAAUUUGCCUUCUCCAUGAAGGAUGCGUGUGAUGCUGCCCUAGAAUUUGGCAAAAGUAAUGCGCCGUAUUUUGCGGAAAGUCGUACUGGGUCAAAAUUGCAUUAAGAGGAAAAAAAAAAAAAAGAUAAUUCACAAUUUUAUUGUUACGUUCUAAAAUAAUGUAAAAUACAGGUGCAUUAUGUAACUGUAUUAUAUAAGUUGUUUUGGUAUAUAUAAGUCACACCGGGUCAAAAUUGCAUUGUUGAGAGAAAAAAGACAUAGAUAAGUCACAGUUUUAUUCUUAUUUCUUACAUUGAGAAAUAAUAAAUUAUAAACAUGUAUUUUGGUUCCCAUCACUGAACAACAAAUUCAAUCUAAGUAUAAAACAAACAUAAGUUACAGCUGCAUUCAUUACAAACAUCAAACAUGAAACUCCAACCAACAUGUUUUGCAUGCUUGACAUUAAUUGCAUCAUAGAAAUUGUUAUAUAUACGCACACGCAACAUGAUUCAGGUAAUAAAAAAAACCGUGAUUUUUCUGAAAAAUACAUUUGGCAGCUCACUAGGUUUUAGGACACAGCCUUUAAAAUAAUAAUCGCAUCCAUUACAGGAAAACUUUUUUAUUUUCUUUUAAACUCACAAUAUAGUUUAUUAAGGCUUUAUUCAUUAAUUUGUCUUCCAAAAGACUGUGUUUUUGACCUGGUGGGUCUUGUUGACCGGUUAUCUACCUCAGAGUUUUGUUGUCCUCUGUUUUGAUUGGUCGGGCAGCAGGUUCAGCCCGCCCCUCCAGACCAAACGGCCAGCUCAGGAGCUGCCCACGUACACUUGAUUUCUUUCAGGUUUUUUGUUUUUAAAUACUUUAAUCCUCUUCUUCUUCUUCUUCUUCAAACAGAAAAGUUUUUUUUUUUUUUAUUCUUAUCGUUAUAAGGAAAGUUGUGCGUUGAACGUGUCGUUUUAGUGUCGUUUAGCAUUCAGAUUCAUCGUUUCGAAAGCAAAAAAAACUGCUGCUUUUCAUCACAAGAUAUUCCAGUAGUCCAUAGGAAGUAGACAAGAAAGUGCGCGCGCGCGAGAGAGAGACGGAGCCAAUGAGAAACAGCGAUGCUGAAAGUUGCGGUUUUCCAGAGACACCACUGAUGUGUGGAAGCUCGUUUCUGCCACGGAAUAAAAAAUAAAAAAAAAGGUUAUUGCGACUUUUUCUCUCACAAUUCAGACUUUUUUCCCUCGGAAUUCUGAGUUUACAUCUCGCAAUUCUGUUUUCGUUUCCACCACAGAAUUGCAACUUUUUCUCUCAGAAUUUUGGCUUUCUUUGAAUUUAGAAUUUAAAAAAAAAAAAAUUCUCUCACAGUUCUGAUUUGUUUUUCUCAUAAUUGCAAGUUUAUAUCUUGCAGUUGCAAAUUAUAAAUUUGUAAUUUUGAGUUUAUAUCUCAGAAUUCUGUUAUUAUUUUUUCCGCUCCCAGGAAAUAAAAUAUAAAAAAGGUAAUUGUGACAUUUUAUCUCACAAUUCCGUCUAUUCUUUUUAAUUCUCGUAAUUCUAACUUUUUCAUCUUGCAAUUUUAACUAUUCUUCUUGGAAUUCUGAGUUUGUCUUGCUAUUCUUUUUUUUUUUUUUCACCACAGAAUAAACAAUAAGUAAUCACAACUUUUUAUCUCACGGUUUUGACUUUUUGAUAUCUUGCAUUUAUGUUUUUUACCCAGAAUUGUCACUUAUAAUUUGUUUCCAUCAUGGAAUAAAAAAUAAAUUCUCACAAUUAUCUCACAAUUCUCAGAAUUGCAAGAAAAAAGUCAGAAUUGCGAAAUGUAAACUUGCAAUUAUGAGUUUAGAACUUGCGAUUGCACAAUGUAAACUAAAAAAGAAUUGUGAGAUAUAAAAUUGCAAUUGCAAGAAAAAAGUCUAAACUGUUAGAUAUAAAUCGUGUUUUUUAUUUUUUGAUCCCGUGUAUGAAACCAGCUUCCACACUGUUGCUUUCAGACCGAGUCCAGACAGACUUUUAGCGGCGUAAUCCGCGGUGCUCGGCUCACAGCCGAGUCCAUUCUUGACGUGCAUGUGUGUGUGUGUGUGUGUGUGUGUGUGUGUGUGUGUAUGUGCGCGUGCGUGUGUGUUUCUGUGGAGUUCUUGUGUGGCUCAUGCUGCUAGUAACAUCCGAAUCCGAAGUGCCAAUCUGUGUCUGGGUCAAAGAGUUGGAAAGACUUGUUGUGCAGAGAGAAAUUGCUCAUGAAUAUGAAAAAUCAUGUACUAGACAGCCAUUAAGUUAUAUGAAAAAAAGUAAUAAUUUAUGAAGAGAGACGUUUUGUACAGACUGUUUGAAAAAAUAAAAACAAUAAAAAGAUUUUCAUAGAGAUGUCUAUAUGAGAGUUGAUUUUGUAAUUUCUUUCUCUCUGUUUUACAUGUGCCACGCACUUGCCAGUGGUAUCUUGUAUGUUCGGUUUAUCAGAAACCUUCCUCUGUAUUUGUUUCUUUUAUUUUCUGAGUGUUUGUUUAAGCCAAAAGAAGCUUUUUUCACCCUUUUCCCCUCUGUUUCCAGUAGAUUGUUGAUUAAGCUUUAUUUCUGUUCAUUUCUUUGAGAACUUUUGAAUAAAAACACAUUUUUGUUUUA